AUGGCUCAGCUAUAUCUGAAGAAACGCCGGGCUCCCUUGUAUGUGGUGGAAGACCAACGAAGGGAUGACUUGGGCUCCUCCACCUGCCUCACAGCCUGUUGGACUGCUCUCUGUUGCUGCUGUCUGUGGGACAUGCUCACCUGA